CAGGGCAGAGUGAACUGAAGCACCGGGCAGAGCUAAAACGUGACGGAGUUUAAUCACCGGAGCGGCACAGAAAAGGGGGGGAUAGUGUCUGGUGGGAGGGGAGAUCGUGAGUGAGUGACUUUGUGGACAAGUCGAGGUAGUGACCUAGAUGUGUUUUUGGUUAUUUUGUUGACAAUCAAUAUUGGACCAACUGUGAUGGGGAAGUUCUGAGCAGCAAAACAAAGAAGAAAAGUUGUGGACACAACUCGCCACUUUUUUAAAAAAAAAAAAAAAAAGUAUACUCAUGCCUUCUGGUUGUUUGGAUUGGUAGACAGACAAGCCUCAUAUGUCAGCUGCGCACAUGACACCGUGUAUUAUUGCCCCAGGUGACCAGGUAUAGACUCUCACACAAGAGUUUCUUAUUUUUUGCCGGACGGUCCGCGCUCGUUUUCCGCCUGACUGGUACGGCGAUGGCCUUGGAGUCAGUCAGCAACAGAGGUUCAUCAAGAAGCGCUCAUGAAAAAUAUCCGCGGGCAGCAUUGGAGCGCAACGGCUACGUGAGGACAUGUGUCAGCCCGUUGCACCAGGACGCAGGGAGCAGCCAGUCGUGGCAGAGAGUCGCCGUGACAUGGACUUGCCGAAGAGUGUCGUCUGCGUUCUGCGUUGCCUCCGUCCCCGUUAUUCUCGCUCUGCUGCUCAGAUUGGUCGACUGGGAUGCAGGCAGCAACAGCAGCAGCAGCAGCAGCAGCGGAAAUAGCAGCGGCUCCGGCUCUCGUCUUCAUUUCGCAGCGGGCUGCGCUGUGGAGCUGCUGUUGACUGCGUGUCACUGCGUCCCGCCAGUUUUUACUCUCGUAUGUGCCUUCUUCUGGGUCGGACUGUAUCUGAUUCGCUGCGGGAUCCUCAUCCGCACCGCGUUUUUCCUCUUGGCGGUGUGCAACUUGGGCGAAACCGCAGCGCAGUCGCUCCUGCGCGGCGCCGAGGAGCAGCAGCUGCUCUCCCUCCCCGCAACCCUGGUAGUCCUCGGCUGCCUGGGCAGCGGGGCUCUGCUGGUCGUCCGGCCGAGCCAGGGAGUGUCGAUCCUGGUCCUCAUUAGUGUCAUCAGGUCCGUCUCCCUCGUCUCUCUGAGCAGAGUCCGGGCCAGCUGGAGACCCUACCUGGCCUACCUGCUGGGGCUGCUGGGGGUUUUACUUGCGCGGUAUGCUGACCGGCUCCUGCCGGCCUCAGGGAUCAGCGGGACGGGGUGCUGUGGCUCUGUGACCGGGGCGAAGGAGGAGGACAUCCCUGUCUUCAAAAGGAGACGGAGGUCCAGCUCCAUAGCGGCCUCGGAGAUGAUGGCUCUUGGUCACAACAACAGCAAGUCCCACCGCAGGACUUCGCUGCCGUGCAUUCCGCGGGACCAGAAAAUGUGCCAGCCAGAAUGGAACUACAAGAGAAUUCUGAGCAGAUUCCAGUCUUCGGGCACCAGCGUGGUGGUAGACAUCGCGGUGAUGGGCGAGGCCCACGGUUUGAUCUCAGACCUGCUGGCGGACACGUCACUGCCGCCCAACACCUGCAGCUCCCUGAAAGCCGUCCACAACCUGCUCAGCACGCAGAUCAACCUCCAGCCUCUCCAUCGGCCUCGCGUCCCUGCGGACACACACACCUGCUCCGAUUCUGAGGAGGGACCUGAGAAGACAGAGAGAGUGGCCAUCCCAAAGCGUAUAAGGCGGAGUCUGCCUCCAGGGUUGCUGAGGAGAAUUUCAUCAACAUGGACGACAACCACCUCAGCUACAGGCCUGCCCACCAUUGAACCAGGUCCUUUACGCCGAGACCGUACAGCCAGCAUCAAACACACCCCAGACAGUGAAUGCUGGAACAACUCAGUGAUGAUGACCAUCUCAAAGAGCCGCUCCAUGUCCGCCUCCUGUGCUGCCUCCGUCACCUUCAACCACCUCUACAGCAAACCACUGGGAAGGCCAGGUUUCCCCCCUUCCAACGUUUCACCUCCAGGCUCUCCGUGCCCAUCUCCUCCAGUCCAGGGAACACCUGUCUCCAGUCCCACAGUAAAGACGUGUUCAGUGCAGAUUCCUGAGCCAGCGGGGCCACUAACAGAGCAGGCCCCUGUCUCUGUGGCCCCCAAGAAUCAUCACAGAGCCUUAACUCACAGCCAGAGCGCCCCAAGCUCCACCACGCCUCAUUGGCAGCCUCCGUCACUCUGUGGCAGCUGUGGCAGGCCGUUCAACAACCGCCUAAAACUCGGAGUGGAGACUGUUGACAAAGGAGACAGAAUACCUCAUCCAGAUGAGCGCGUGGUGGCGUCGUCAGACUAUGACAGCACCUACGACAGCACCUACGAGACCAACCACAGUGACAGCAGUGACUUUGCACAGAACGAAGAGGAGGGAGAAAGUGGCAAGAAGUUGUCUGAAGCCAGGGAAGGGAGCAGGGAGUAUCCAGCAGAGGGCGUGGUUCUCCAUCCGCUCCUGCCAUCACCAGAGGACAAGCCGCCGGUCUUGGCCCAAGACAAUACAGCGAUACCAGGGCUGGAGCCUCUGAUGAGUCAAGUCAACAACUGGAACUUUCCCAUUUUCAGUCUAGCGGAGAAAACUCACAGCAAGACAGGCUGCAUCCUCAGUCAGGUUUCUUAUAGGCUCUUUGAGGACACAGGUCUGUUUGGGAUCUUCAGGAUUCCAGUGCAGGAGUUCAUGAACUACUUCCAUGCUUUGGAGAACGGAUAUAGGGACAUCCCCUAUCACAAUCGGAUCCAUGCCACUGACGUGCUGCAUGCUGUCUGGUUCCUCACCACUCAGCCUGUGCCAGGCCUGCCAACCCUGCUGACUGAGAACGGGAUACACACUGACACAGAGAACGGCAUUAGACCCGGUGCCACAGGCUUCUUGGUGUCCAAGUUGAACCCAGUGGAGGAAGAAGGCUAUGGCUUCCUGUGUGGCCUCAUCCCAGCCCUGGAGCUCAUGGCUCUGUAUGUAGCUGCUGCCAUGCACGACUACGACCAUCCUGGACGGACGAAUGCCUUUUUAGUAGCUACCAGUGCACCACAGGCUCUCCUAUACAAUGAUCGCUCGGUCUUGGAAAACCAUCAUGCAGCUGCAGCUUGGAACCUCUUCAUGUCUCGGCCCGAGUACAACUUCCUCACAAACCUUGAACACGUGGAGUUCAAGCGCUUCCGCUUUCUGGUCAUCGAAGCCAUCCUGGCCACCGACCUCAAAAAGCACUUUGACUUCCUCACAGAGUUUAAUGCAAAGGUGGGCGAUGAAGGAGUGAAUGGAAUUGAUUGGACCAACGAGAACGACCGCUUGCUGGUGUGUCAGAUGUGCAUCAAGCUGGCUGACGUCAACGGGCCGCUGAAGUGCAAGGAGCUGCACCUGCAGUGGACAGAAGGGAUCGUCAAUGAGUUCUACGAACAAGGUGAUGAAGAAGCAAGCCUGGGUCUUCCCAUCAGCCCAUUUAUGGACCGGUCCGCUCCUCAGCUCGCCAAACUCCAGGAGUCAUUCAUCACUCACAUAGUAGGACCCCUGUGCUCCUCCUACGACUCUGCUGCCCUCAUGCCGGGGCGCUGGGUUGAGCCGCCAGAGACACAGAUGAAGCCAGAAGAGUCAAAGGAAGAACAAGAUAUAGAAGAGGAAGAGGAAGAGGAAGGGGAAGAUACAGCAGAUGAAGAUGUAUCAACAAGUUCUGACACCUCCCAGCAACAAGAAAACGAAAAGGUGAGACGGAGGAAAGUGUUUUGCCAGAUCAUGCAGCAUCUUUUGGAAAACCACGAGAUGUGGAAAAAAGUGAUUUCCGAGGAGGAGGAGGAGGAGGAGGAGGUCCAGAAAGAUGACCCAAAGUGCAUCAGCAGCCCCACUGUUCCCAUCACAGCCAUUCACGAGGAGGAGGAGGAGCAAGCAAGCAAAGAGGAAGAGCUGACCGACGGCCUCGAUGAAAGGAAAGAGGUGCCAGCUCUUGAGGAAGAGGAAAUCCUACCACAAUUAGAGACUCCAGGAGAAAAAGAGCCAGAGUGAUAUUAUGGACUUUUGCCUCCUCUUAAACCAGGAAUCUGAACAUUGUCUAAAAAUGUGUGUUUCUUACGUAACUAUGACGAUAUGGUAGCCAGCACAUCACUUUGACACAACACUGUAGAAGAUGUUAUGGGUAACAUGUGCCUAAAAAAAAAAAAAAAAAAAAAAACAGGGUUUGAGAACAGGGAUGGUGUAUGCCUGUCUGGUGCAUCUGACAAGAGCAAAGAUGUGAUUUGAGCAAAAGAGGAAUUGCCUAAGAGUCUGAAAAGAAAGAGGGUGAUUGAGACUGAUUUUGUUUUCGUUGUGUAGUGUUUGUUUUAGUCGGGGUCUGGUGCGUUGCCCUCACCCAGGCCCGCUCAUCCUGCACUAUGAGCCAACCAUGCUGAUACACUCGUUCACGCCCACCGUUAGUAAUACACUGUCACGAGCCCCCUACCCUGCUCAUUGGAGCCCAUGCCUUUAGCCAUCAGGAUGAGGAUGUGCAACAAGCUCCUUCUCCUCAAGGACAAUGGGAUGAAAGCCACAGGGAAAAGCUUCAGAAGGUAGACAGGGAAAAAAAAAAAAAGAGCCAGUUGAAAUACAUUGUGUAUGCAGACACACACACACACACACACACACACACACAAUGCUGCACUAGACAAUAUUCCAUGCACAGAAUUGAUGGGAAGCAAAACAAAGAACCCCUUUAUUCUUGCUCAAGGAAAAAACAUUCAAAACAAUCAAAACAGUCAGACAAUGCUUGUUCUAAGUUGCAUGAUUUCUCCCUGGCUUUUGUUACUUAGUCAGACCAGUACACCUACAUGCUGUUUCCAAGGUACACAACUCAGGAGGCAAGUCGCCCACAGCAAGGGGAAAUAGGACCCACAGUGUCCUUGUCCUUCUUCUAGUUCUUUGUAUGCAGUUGGAGACGCCGUUGAUUUACUUGACAUCCCGAGACACGUUGUUCCCUUUGCGAGUGACAAAAGUAACUGCAAGAUACACAGAGUUAUUGACCCAGAGUAUGAGUCCAUAUUUGACGUCACUUCCUGGGACGUUUUACCUGAUCUUUACUGUAAUGGAUUCCUUAUAAUUUCUAACCUGGUAUGUAGGCCAAAUGCUUCGGAGAGUGAGUAAUCCAGUAAGCCGUAGUGGCCCAGGCUGGAGCUGACUCACGGCUCCAAAUCACCCCGAGGGGAUUUACUUCAAGACAAAAAACCUCACAGGUCGUGCGUCACACCGCACCCCUCUCCUGUACGCGCUGUGGCUGCGUCUGGUGGCAAAAAUCUGUCCGCAGAUACAAUCAAUCGAAACUGCCCCUGUGCACACACAGGUGAAAACUGCGCCGACAUCCACGACGUCACGAAAACAAUAGACUCUGCCUCGUCUAAAAACAGCCUUAAAUGCUCCUGAAAAUCGGUGAUGUGUUGUAUGCCGUGUGUAAUCACUCCUCAACAAGAGCAAGUUAUAAAAAGGCAGAAAUUGAGACGUCCACACUGUACACAGUUUCUUUAGGCCAGCAGACUUGUGGCACCUCUGGAUGUGUGGUGACGGGAGGAAAAGAGUGAGACUGUGUUUGUGUGUGUGUGUGUUGAUGCGACACUUUAAAGUUAAUGCGAUGCUUUCUGUUUUCCGGUCGGUAAGUUGUACCGCAUGGAUAUGCCGCACAGUAGCUUAUAUUUGAUUUGACAUCGGGAAAGGCAACAGGUGGACUCAUAGGUUCUCUUGGUCUUUUUCCACAGCACGUUGAGCAGAAUAUGGAGGAGGUGAAUAAGGCGGAGCAGAGUGUGGUCGUACUGUAUCUGCGGCUGCAGUUGUUUGACGCGUUUACUUAAGUAGCUGUAAUCGUAGAUUUUUUGCUUUUGCACUGUAGCUGGUCUGGAUUUUCGCAAAAACUUUUCAGGAAUUUCUCCUGAGAUGACAAAUGAUGCGUCUGAGGUGCACGGAGAGGUUUCCAAUCAUUCGUUAACAUCCUCAGACAAAAUAGCAGAGACAGAGAGUGUGAAGCCAGAUGAGUCAAAAGUGUCAGGCAAGGUCCUGGAUGAAGGGAUGAACACUUGAGAAAGUGAAGUGAAAACAGCAGCAGCAGCAGCAGCAUCAACAGGAAGGGAAACGGUAAACAAAAAGAAAGAUGACUGAAACGUCAUCUCACAGAAUAGUAAAAGAAACCAACCACGAAAUCUAAACAAGCUUGUUUGCUGAUAGUGUUUUUACUGGCUGAAGUUUUACUGUGACCCAAUUUCUUAACUUUGCUUUCUUAAUAAGGUCUAAAUUCUCAGCUAUAUUCAUUGCACAAUUAUCAAAAUGCCCAUUGUACAAAGAAGGGCUAAACUGUGCAACAUAAUGCCCUUGACUGCUUAUUCUCUGUACAACAGGGUGCUGCAGGGUGUUGAGGAAAAGGAAAGCCUGUGUAAAGCCCAAGCUCAUUGUUCAUGUUUCAGCUAAAUUUGAGACCUCUUAAGAGGUGUCGAAAGUCGUCUAUUUAUUUAGUUUUACUUUGCGGGGAGCUAUUGCAGACAAAGGAACUUUAUUGUUAUCCAUCUUAACACGCUAUUAAAAAGCUAAAUUACCUCCAGUGUUGAUGCCAUUUAGACAGGAAAACCUUGGGCAACAUAGUCCAUAAUAAAAAAAAAAAACGCCUCGUUGCCAGGCAACAGGAAAGAGGAAAAACACAAAGUGAUGUCUGACCCCCGGAUAAAAUACAUGUCUUACCUGCCAAUACAAAAGGCAACAGUGUGUUUGUUGCAUUAGCAGUGAGUUUACAAGUUUCUCCCUGGACCAAAUGUCUUCCAGUCGCCUCCCCCCUUUUUGCAUUAUCAUGACAUACAUGUAGCAGCGAAAAAUGAUCUGUAAACUUGGGAGUUUCAGUCAUUGUCAGUGGAUUUCAUUGAGCUCUGUACAGAAACACAUCUUCCGAACUUCAGUUACUCGAAAAAAUAACUUAUAGCUUAACCAAUAGCUUCACGCACUGUAAAUACGGCAUAAAGACGCCUCAACUGCAAACUAAUGUGCAGACUAUUGAGCUGGAUGAAGUGGACUGUCCCUGUAUGUUUAAAGAUUCCAUUCUGCUCUAUUUUACCUGCGUUAAUACGAGCUUGGCGAAAUCAAAGCUCGGGCUGAAGGGUUGUCGAGUUUGGCCAAAGGUCUCCGUUCGCAGCUCUGCCUCGUGACGACGCGUUUGCACUCCACAGUGCAGCAAAUUAAGAGACUAAUCAAAGCUGUGAUAGAACUUCUGGGUUGCUACUUUUCUUUUUCUUUUCUUUUUUUUUUACAAACAAUCUAAAAUAUUAGAGCUUGCAUGUGUAGUUAUUUAGGGACCGUUGAGUUGGUUGUAUGAAACGUGAUCUUUUAGUCCAGGUUUCAGGUCUUUUUACGAUGAAAUAAUACCAAUCAUAACAUUGCAGUGUAGAGUAUGAAAAGCUUCUACCAUGUGCUUGUUUUAAAUUCAAAAGAUUUCAAGUAUUCCAUCAAUAAUUUAGCAGACAAGACCAUACAAUUAGAUUUUAAAAGGACCAGGGGAAAUAUUUCCAUUUGGCAGAAAUAGAGUAUAAUAAUAAAUACUGAUGUUUUUGAGUAUAAUCUCCUCAAUCUCCUGAAUAUAUGAUUUAUUAUUAUUAUUAUUACCCCAGAAUGUUUAUAUUAAUUUAUAUUUACAUAAUGACAACUGAAGGUGACCAUAUAGUUGGCUCUCCUAUGUGCUUGGAAGGAAAACGUGAGGUAAAGAGAGAGUUAUUCAGCUGCAACAGCUUCACUCAUUAGAUAUUGUUAAUUCCACACACAUGCAUCUUAUAAUGUAAAUGAGAUCACGAUUGUUAAACACCAUGGCAUGAGGGUCAUGCUUUCAUGUUUGCUUUUCUAUCUUAGUCAUCAUCGGUACUUUGGCCAUUGGAUUGCAGAGCAUGCUUUUUCAUUCCUUUCACACACACACAAAAAAAACAACGACAAAAGUUCAGGAUCUAGAGUCAAUAUCAGUGUUUUCUUGUACCGAGCGGGGUUGCUGCUCGGCUUGAUUGACUUUUUUGUGAUUUGCACAAAAGAGGUUCUGGACAUGAAUACACUUUUAUCCAACAGACCAGAGCUCAUGGAUUUUCCCACAUCUGCACGUUCUGUUGUUCCACUGUCGCGUCAGUAGUCCGCAGUAGCACUACAACGAAACUGACCAAACUCUCUGCUCUCAGACUAAAAAGUCCCUGUAGAUUCAUUUUUGAUGGUUUAAACCAAAAAUAUUUGCUUUUCUUUUUGUAUUGUUUAUUGUUUCGUCCAUUCUUCAAAAGGGAGCUAUGCGUCAGUGCCAUAACAUUUACACACACACGUGUAUGUAUGUAUACAUUGUUUGAAUGCGAUAUUCAUCCGCUUUUCUUGUUUUUCAUGAAGAAAAACCAAAAGAGAAAAAAGAAAAAAAAAGAAAAAAACAUUUCUUUCCAAGGCUUGUAUGUUUUUAUCUACUAUAGCAGGCACGUUACAGACUCAUUUCUUUUAAUCUCUUCAGUAUCUUGCACUUAACACAUGUAGCAAUACCUACAGGAUGGGGAAAUUGUGUUUCACCAGUAUUUUGUUUAAGUGGAAUAUGACAUUCUAUUUCCGCAUAUUGUUUGACUUUGUAUAAAAAAAAAAUAUAUACUGUACAGAUUCAAAAGUAUAUUAUAACAAAAAACUUUUAGAAAAUAUUUAUUUUUACUGUUUUGUAAUUUAGACACAAUACUGUAGCUCCUCUAUUGCCAGACUUACUGGAAGUGCCUCUUGACAAUGUAUUACAACCUAACUAUACAAUAUAUUGGGACUAUUAGAACCUGUCACUAGAAGAGCAGUGUUUAUGUUGUAAUGUGAAUAUUGUUGAAUAAUAAUAAGAUUUAUAAAUGCU